AUGGGGGUCUUGGUGGCCACCAAGGAUGGGGUGAUGCUUGUGUGGACGGGCAGAGACCUGGAGGAGGCUGGAAAGGCCCUUCCGAUCAACCCUGGCCCCCCACCCCGAUUGUCUCCUGGGGACGCUUGGGAGACUCUCACGGUGAAGUUUCUGACCAAGAGGUUUAUCAGCGAAUAUGACCCCAACUUGGAGGAUACUUACAGCUCUGAGGAGACUGUGGACCACCAGCUUGUCCACCUGAGGGUCAUGGACACCGCAGACCUGGACACCCCCAGGAACUGCGAACGCUACCUGAAUUGGGCACACGCCUUCCUGGUGGUGUACAGCGUGGACAGCCGCCAGAGCUUCGAAGGCAGCAGCAGCUACCUGGAGCUGCUGGCCCUGCACGCCAAGGAGACUCAGCGUGGCUACCCUGCUCUGUUGCUAGGCAACAAGCUGGAUAUGGCUCAAUAUAGGCAGGUCACCAAGGCCGAGGGUGCAGCGUUGGCUGGCAGGUUCGGAUGCCUGUUUUUCGAGGUCUCUGCUUGUCUGGACUUUGAACACGUGCAGCACGUCUUCCAUGAAGCGGUGAGGGAAGCCCGGAGGGAACUAGAGAAGAGUCCUCUGGCCCGGCCCCUCUUCAUCUCCGAAGACAAAGCCCUGACCCACCAGAUCCCAUUCACUGCCCGCCAUGGGCUAGCCAGCUGUACCUUUAACACUCUCUCCACUGCCAACCUGAAGGAGAUGCCCACUGUGGCCCAGGCCAAGCUGGUCACUGUGAAGUCAUCCCGUGCCCAGAGCAAACGCAAGGCGCCCACCCUGACCCUACUAAAGGGCUUUAAGAUCUUCUGAGGGCCUCCCCCACUGCCCCCCAUGCUGUUAUAAGAAUCCGGGGUUCAGCCACGGGGCUAUGGACCCCCUCUGAUGGAUCAACAGCCUUUCACCUCUGGUGGACAGCUGACUUUUAAGUGCAGCACCAAGCAUUGGUUGUCCAUUCAAUUCACUGUACAAGCCACAGGCCUUGGUCUCUGUGGUAACUGCUACAUCCAAGACCCUGGAGGAAAAUACCCACUGCUACAUAGCCCAGAGAUCAGGGGUCAUCCUUAUGUAGGAAGAAUCUGCUGCCUUGGCCCCUGUCUGCUUCGUCUACAGCAGUAGCCCCUAGUGUCCAUCUCUUGAUGGACAGUUCUGACACCUGAGCUGAGAACAGCUUGUUAGGACCAAUGGUUCUGGAGCCACAGCGCCACCUGGUGGACAGUACACGCAUGGUGGUUGAUCCAGAGACAGGAGCCUGGAUCCUGUCUGAGGGAGCAAACCCUACUGUUUAUCCAAGGAAAAUGUCUAAUAAUCCUACAGGAAAAAUCUAGAUGGGGAAAAGAGGUCCCAGGCAGGGAUUUUUUUCCUAGUACUUUGCCUCUCAAUGA